ACCCGACUCGUCCGUGAUCGUCUCACCACUAUUCGCCCUUGAGAUAUUAGUAUGACAGGUUCUGGAAAUAUGAGUAUUACACUGCUGAACCACCAGAGGAGGUGAAGUCCUCUGCUGAGGCUGCAGUCUGGGAGAAGCCACAGUUGUGUCAGAGCCCACUGGUGUGGACUGGGAGUGGUGGGAGGGUCUGGAGGAGAAACCUGGCAGAUACCAGUCCCGGAGUUGUCUGAGUGUGGAGCGGAGUGAAAACCUCCUGUGGUCUGUUUGGACUGUAAAAACUCGAAGAGGAGAGACUACCUCGCUUUGACCUGAUUUAAGGUGGUGGCUAGUGACGGUGUCCGGGCUAUGAUGGAGUCGGCCCUGACAGCCAGAGACCGGGUGGGGGUGCAGGAUUUCGUCCUGCUGGAGAACUACACCAGCGAGGCGGCUUUCAUCGAGAACCUGCGCAAACGCUUCAAGGAGAACCUCAUCUAUACAUACAUCGGGUCGGUGCUGGUGUCAGUGAACCCGUACAAAGACCUGGAGAUCUACACCAAGAACCACAUGGAGCGAUACCGAGGAGUCAACUUCUACGAGGUUUCCCCGCACAUCUAUGCCGUGGCAGACAACUCGUACCGCUCCCUGAGGACGGAGAGGAAGGACCAGUGCAUCCUCAUCUCCGGGGAGAGCGGUGCCGGGAAGACCGAGGCGUCCAAGAAGAUCCUGCAGUACUAUGCCAUCACCUGUCCGGCCAGCGACCAGGUGCAGACCGUCAAAGACCGCCUGCUGCAGUCCAACCCAGUGCUGGAGGCCUUCGGCAAUGCCAAGACGUUACGAAACGACAACUCCAGCCGCUUUGGCAAGUACAUGGACAUUCAGUUCGACUUCAAGGGCGCCCCCGUCGGAGGUCACAUCAUCAACUACCUGCUGGAGAAAUCCCGUGUGGUCCACCAGAACCACGGGGAGAGGAACUUCCACAUUUUCUAUCAGCUGAUCGAGGGAGGGGAGGAGGACUUGCUGCGCCGCCUCGGCCUGGAGAGGAACCCUCAGCAGUACCAGUUCCUUGUCAAAGGAAACUGUCCCAAAGUGAGCUCCAUCAACGAUCGCAGCGACUGGAAGGUGGUGAGGAAAGCUCUGAGCGUGAUCGGCUUCAACGAGGAUGACGUGGAGGAGCUGUUGAACAUCAUCGCCAGUGUGCUCCACCUGGGGAACGUGCAGUACGGGGGAGAGGAGGGCAUCGCCUGCAUCACCUCUGACACACAGAUCAAGUACCUGGCCCGGUUGUUAGGAGUGAACGGGUCGGUUCUGACGGAGGCUCUCACACACAAGAAGAUCAUCGCCAAGGGAGAGGAGAUGAUGAGCCCGCUGAACUUGGAGCAGGCGUCAUCAGCGAGGGAUGCUUUGUCUAAAGCGGUGUAUGGACGCACCUUCACCUGGCUGGUCAACAAGAUUAAUGCUUCACUGUCGUACACGGAUGACUCCGUCAAGCAUUACUCUGUCAUCGGCCUGCUGGACAUCUACGGCUUUGAGGUCUUCCAGCACAACAGCUUUGAGCAGUUCUGCAUCAACUACUGUAACGAGAAGCUGCAGCAGCUCUUCAUCGAGCUCACCCUCAAGUCCGAGCAGGAGGAGUACGAGUCUGAAGGCAUCACGUGGGAGCCGGUGCAAUACUUCAACAACAAGAUCAUCUGUGACCUGGUGGAAGAGAAGUUCAAAGGCAUCAUCUCCAUUCUGGACGAAGAGUGUCUGAGACCUGGAGACGCCAGUGACUUCACCUUCCUGGAGAAGCUGGAGGACACAGUGGGAGGACACGCACACUUAGUCACUCACAAGCUGGCUGAUGGAAAGACCCGGAAGGUAAUGGGCCGUGACGAAUUCAGACUGCUGCACUACGCUGGAGAGGUCAACUACAAUGUCAAUGGAUUUCUGGACAAAAACAACGACCUGCUCUUCAGGAACUUAAAGGAGGUGAUGUGCAUGUCAGAGAACAAGAUCCUGAACCAGUGCUUUGACAGAGAGGAGCUGAGUGACAAGAAGCGCCCCGACACGGCGGCCACCCAAUUCAAAGCCAGUCUGGCGAAGCUCAUGGAGAUCCUCAUGUCGAAGGAGCCGUCGUACGUGCGCUGCAUCAAGCCCAAUGACUCCAAACAAGCAGGUCGGUUUGACGAUGUGCUGAUCCGUCACCAGGUCAAGUACCUGGGGCUGAUGGAGAACCUGAGAGUGAGGAGGGCCGGCUUUGCUUACAGACGGCGCUACGAGGUCUUCCUCCAGAGGUAUAAGUCUCUGUGUCCCGACACGUGGCCGAACUGGGAGGGCAAACUGUCGGACGGAGUCGCCACUCUGGUGAAACACCUGGGAUACAAACCUGAGGAGUACAAACUGGGCAGAUCCAAAAUCUUCAUCCGUUUCCCGAAGACUCUGUUUGCCACCGAAGACGCACUAGAGACCAGGAAACACAGCCUCGCCACUAAGCUGCAGGCGGGAUGGAAAGGCUACAACCAAAAGUCCAAAUUCCAAAAACUCAGAACCUCAGUUAUUGCCAUCCAGGCGUGGUGGAGAGGGAUCCUGGCCAGGAGGAGGGCCAAGCGCAGGCGACAGGCUGCUGAUACGAUCCGCAGGUUCAUCAAAGGUUUCAUCUACCGCCACAAGGAGCGCUGCCCGGAGAACGAGUACUUCCUGGAUUACGUGCGUUACUCCUUCCUCAUGACGCUGCGCAGGAAUCUGCCCAAAAACGUCCUCGACAAGAGCUGGCCCACACCUCCGGCUGCUCUCACCGAGGCAUCAGAGCAUCUGCGUAAGCUGUGCAUGCAGAACAUGGUGUGGAGCUACUGCAAGAAGAUCAGCCCUGAGUGGAAACACCAGAUGGAGCAGAAGAUGACCGCCAGCGAGAUCUUCAAGGACAAGAAGGACAACUACCCACAGAGCGUACCCAAGCUGUUCGUCGGCACCAGACUCAAUGGAGAGGACAUUAACCCCAAAGUGCUGCAGGCCAUGGGCAGCGAGAAGAUGAAGUACGCAGUGCCAGUCACCAAGUAUGACAGGAAAGGCUUCAAAGCUCGUCCCCGGCAGCUGCUGCUCACCGGCACCAGCGCCAUCAUAGCGGAGGAGGGCAAACUCAAACAGCGCAUCGACUACGGAGCCCUGAAAGGUAUCUCUGUAAGCUCUCUCAGUGACGGCUUGUUCGUUCUGCACGUGCCCAGUGAUGACAACAAGCAGAAGGGAGACGUGGUCCUGCAGAGCGACCACGUCAUCGAGACCUUGACCAAGAUAGCUCUCUGUGCCGACAAAGUAAACAGCAUCAACAUCAACCAGGGCAGUAUAAAGUUUACACUGGGUCAGGGGAAGGAGGGGAUCAUCGACUUCACACCUGGAUCUGAACUACUGGUGACCAAGGCUAAGAACGGACACCUGUCUGUGACGGCUCCCAGACUGAACUCCAGAUGAUGGCCGCUCCGCACACACACGGACGCCUGGACCUUCCUCCUUCACCUCCCUCAUCCUCCAAUCACACGACAGCAGACCGCGCUCUGCCUAAGCCUAAGUGCUUCCAGUUGAGAAAAAAAUUAAAAAAUAAUAAAAAUCAAGCAAAACUAAUUGAUAUAUUUAUGUUUAUAUAUUAUAUUUUUGGGAUUAAUACUGUUGCUGUUUGAAUAUUCUGAUUUUAUAUAUGAGGCCAAGGAAUAACAAAUAUUUUGGGUGCGUUUUUUUUGCACCUCGUGUGUUUUUUGUGCUUUAUUUGGGAACAUGACCAAGACAACGAUGAGGGACGAGUCUGAAAGAGACAGAAGACGAUUGUUGUCAGAGAAAAUCAGGGUUAGUUGUUGCCUGUUGCCUCUUUAUUCCCUGUUUACUCUCUCUGCUUGCUAACACUAACUCGUGGGGUUGGAGGGCUCAGAGGGUGUGAUGAGCUAAAGUUAACGGCGUGAAGGACGGUUGUGGAGAGGUUAGAAGAUUAAGAAGAACAUCUUUUGAGUAAGACGGUGAAAGCUUAAGAUAUGCAGAAUGUGACCUUGAUGCUGCAGAGAGGAACAAAGUACGUGUGCAGAGGUUCAGAGACGUGAAGAGGAUGUAGAGCGGCAGACACAUGACCCCGGGUGCUCGUGCCUUCCUCCUUGACUAAUGUAUUUAUAAUUAGUGAGACGAGCCGUGUGUUGACUUGAGAGAAACCAUGACACUCUGCACCAGAAGGAGUCGAGUUGAGUGUAGAUAGGAAGCUGUCGUCUGUUUGUUUGUUUGUUUGUUUGUUUGUUUGUUAAGAACCACGUAACCUGCUCAGACUAAAGCCAGAGCUUUAUCACUGUACUCGUCUACAGUCCCUCCUUUACUCCACCUCUCCUCUCUCCUUCGUUGUCCCCCCUCCUUCCUGCUAUGACUGAACUGGUCUGAUGGCUUCACCUGACGAGGGAUUAAACCUUUUAUCAGAAUAUGUUCCUUUUUCUGCCUUUAUUUUUGUAAAAUUGUAUAAAUGGAGAGAAUAUUGAAUCUUUAGGUUUCUAAAACAGCAUUUGAACAAAGUGUGGCACAAAAAAAAAGCUAAAUACUGAACUCUUCUUGUACUUCAAAUCUAGUUUGGACUUGAUGCGUGUCAGAAACAGUCAAAGCUGCAGUUUUGACCAGAAAGUGAAUACGUGUGUCACAGUUUUGUUGUGUCAAACAUCAAGACAAUACACGGCAAAACAGGAAAAAACGUGCCUCUGCUAAUUUAGCGUCACAGUAAAAUCUUCCAUCUGUGUGACCGAGCACGGACUUCCUGCAAAGCCAUAAUUUUUUUAACAGUUAGCUUGCUAAAAAGCUAGAAUAUUGUCUAAGAGCAUUGCUGCCCUGUUUAAUAUUAACGACUUGAUAAAGUUUGUUCACACAUUUAAAUAAAUCUGUAAAAAUGUUAAAGUUUUGAACUUUACAAGCACAAAAACUUUCAUUUGGUUGCCUUAAACUGGAGACUAACUGUUUCUCUUUAUGCUAAAUCUUGUCUGUCAAAUCAUAUUAAAUGCUCUCUUAUGAAAGUUGCAUUAUUUCAGAAAAUUUCCAAACAACACCUCAAGCUGCAAAACAAAAAAAUGCAUACGAUUUAUUUCCUAAUUUUGAUCUCUGAGGGGUGAAAAAACUUUCCCAAAGAGUAUCUUAAUCGCCUCAAGACGCUGAAACCUUCAUUACGUUUGGACAAAAGUUUUUAAAAUAUCGAACAAGCUCAGGAUAAAAAUCUGCCAACAGACCAGUUCUCCAAAAACAUCUCCCUCUCUAUCUCUGACCAAAGACUGAUCCUGAAAAGUUCAAAACUUUACACGGAGCUCCAAAAUGUUUCUAGGAUUUGUUUUUCGUUCUUUGUUUUUCAGAUCUCCAUCAUUUACAGACUUUUUAUUUCUUUCUGCACGAGACCGGUGCAAUAAGCCGAGGCACGCCUGUGCUGCUGCACUUCUAAUGAACUAGCCAAAGACCGUUUUGAUUCAAAGUGAUUCUGUGUUGUAUGAUUUAUGUGACAUUACUUUUGUUGUUGUUGUUUCCAGGAGGGAGAUCUGUAUGUACAGUUUGUGUUCUGUGUUGUAAACCAGAGACUCAAGUCGAGUAAAGGUUUGACGAUGAGAAACACAAGGGGAGAAAAAGCUUUUAGUAUUGUUUGUUAAUGCAAACUUGUCCAUGUGCCUUGUCAGAUAGCAAUAAAACAGAUGAGUGUGGAGCUAUACGAGAAUACCUCCUUAAGAGUCCAGUCUUUGUGACCAUUUCUAAAGUUUCCCAGCAGCACCUGAACGCCUCCUCCCUCUGUGUGUGUAUAAGCUUUAUUCAAACCAAAUCUGAGGUUUAUCUUUUGAUUGACGGAUGCACUCCUGUUCUCAGUCCUGACUUACUGUAUGCACCGCACCCAUGUAUGAUUAUGCCAACACACUAAAGAUAAGAUAUUAAAGAGCUGAAAAUAAAUUUCAAAAGGAAAUACAAA